GCCCCUCCACCCCUGGGGGAACUCCCCACCCAGCCACCCCAGCCGGCUCGCCCGUGCCACGGCCCCAUGUCGGCCACCGCGGUGCCGUGGCACGUGCUGAGCGUGAUCCGAGAAGCCUGCGUGCUGCCCGCGGAGCAGAGAUCUGAAGAACAGAUCGACGCCAUCCUCUCCUUCGUCCAGGACGUGGCCUUCUUCGCGGAGCUGCCCUCGGCGCAACGCCGCAAGCUCUGCGAGGUGAUCAGCCUGGAGACCUUCCAGAGCCGCAGUAAGAUCUUCGAUAUUGGCGACCAUGGGGAUAAGUACUACAUCAUCCUCACUGGCGCCGUGAUGGUCCAAACGCUGCAAGAAAAGGCGGCCGACGACUGGACCCCUGCAGAGGAGUCGAUGGAGACGGUGGCGCAGCUCAAGGAAGGCCACGGCUUUGGUGAGCUGGCGCUGCAAGACACGAGCCUGCGGCAAGCCACAGUCAUCACCACGAACUUCACGGAGUUCCUGGUGACGCGCCGGGAACACUACCAGCAGUUCGCCCGCGCCGAGCACCAGCAGUUCGUGAAGGCGCGCGUGGCCUUCCUCCGGCAAUGCCCCCGGAUGCUGCGUGCCAUCGCCAUGUCGGAGGUCACCGAGCAGGAGGUGAAGGUCAUGGCGCAGUGCCUCCGCGAGAAGUCCCUCCGCACGAGGGAUGUGCUGUGCAAGCAGGGUGAGCCGGUGGAGUUUCUGCUGCUGGUGCGCUCGGGCUUCUUAAUGAAACUGCGGGCAGUAGAGGCGGAGCGAGAGGACGCUUCUCCCACACCACCCGCUGCUGAGCUUCGCCCCGUGCGCAGCUCCCUCCACACGGGGCUUCCCUCCCGACCCUCGCAGUCCCGGGCAUCCAGUCUUCGUUGGGGCGCCGCGAGCAGUGUGUCGAAGUCCUCGGAUGCAGGGUCCAAAUGGAGCCGAGCGCCGAGUGGCAAGCUUCUGCACCUGGGCUCGUUGCCCGCCUUCGCCUGUUAUGGCGCCUAUGAGCUGGCGCAGGCCGUGGACGAGGACGCCAAGAGCGUGGUGUCCACCAAGAGCAAGCCCGCGGUGUCUUUGGCAGUGUGGCCAUUCAGCCUGGUGGCCGAGAGCACUGCGGAGGUGUACCUGAUUCAGAAGCAGGACCUGCGACGGACCCUGGCGAAAAAGCUGGUCGCCGCGCUGGUGGAGUUGUCCCAGGAGAUGCACUAUAGCGAUGCGUGGCUCCUGCAGAUGAUGCGGCAAACCGAGCGCUGGGAUGCCUACAAGCACGACAUGGUCCUGCGCGUGGGCGGACAGGACUUCAUAGAUCCCUUAGAGCGCUUGGGCCUGAAGGAUGAGGCCUUUAAAGUCUCGCCCAAGAUUGUUUUGACCCCUCGCGAAGAGGAGUUCUACAGCGACACGGCCUCGCCCCAGCUGCGGAGGCUCAAGGCGAUGAAGAAGGAUCGGCACUUCCAACAGCUGCUGCAACGGAGCGGGCCACCUUCCAGCACGCAUCUCCGCAUCUUUCCCACACUGAACGACUCAACGACCCGCGGCGACCUGCCGAUGACCAACCCGGUGACGGUGACGACCUGGCAGGGUGGAGGCCUAUGCUCAGCCGCGACCUUGGGAUCCCUCCAUCUUCUUCGUCAAGCACUGGUCGGCGGUCUCCAACGACAAGACCACUGGCCUUGACAUCGACCUCAGUAGUCCUGUGGGAAGCCCCACCUGCAGCCCCACCAGCACGCUGCGGCCGCGCGAUGCUCCGCGGGGGCCCGGCCAUGUUCUGGGCACACCCAGGC